AUGUCUUCAAACUCUUGGAACCGCCUCAUCCGCUUCGUCGAUGACAAUGGAAACGAGACUUUUGGUGAUCCCGAAGUUCAGAACGACAAGGACUUUGCGGAACGUCUAGCCAAGAAUGACCUAUGGGCUGUCGAGUACAAGGGUCAAAGUCCCGUGUCACAACUCACAAAGGGCGAGAAGAUCCAUGUCAAGGCUGUUCACGAACUGCUUCGACCGUCUGAUGUGCCCAUCAUUCGCUGUAUUGGACUGAACUAUAUCAAGCACAUCAAGGAGGGUGGCCGAACACCUCCACCUUACCCUUCAUUAUUUAUUAAGCCUUCGACCUGUAUCGCUGGUUACGAUGAAGAUGUUCCAAUUCCCAAGAUUGCUCAGGACGGCACAAUAGACUACGAAGGAGAACUGGGCAUUAUCAUUGGCAAAUCUGGCAAAAAUAUCUCGAAAGAGGACGCGCUAUCAUACGUGGCGGGUUAUGUUACCUCCAAUGAUGUAUCUGCACGCGCAUGGCAAAGAGAUCCCAAGAAGGCCGGUGGCGUUCCCCAGUGGUGUUUCAGCAAGGGCUUCGACAAGUUCGCUCCCAUCGGUCCUCUUCUCGUUUCUCCCGCUGUCGUCGGCAACGCUUCGGAGUUGCACUUGACAACAACUGUCAAUGGUGAGGUGAGGCAGAGCGAAGGCACCAAUGAUCUGCUCUUUGGAGUCGAGGAGAUUGUCAGCUUCAUUAGCUCAGGAACUACGCUUGAGGCUGGUACUGUUAUCCUCACUGGUACACCUUGUGGUGUGGCCAUGGGUAUGAAGGAGCCCAAGUAUCUUAACGACGGUGAUGUCGUGGAGGUCAAUAUCACUGAGUUGGGUAGCGUGAAGAACAAGAUGGUAUUCGAAUGA